AGCCCGCAGAGGCUGGAAGCCCGCGAGAAGCCGGGAUGCGGGAGAGAGAGACGGGCCGGCUCCUCUAAAAAGGCCUACUCCCCGAAGUCCUUCUGCCGCCUCGUGCAAGAGCCGCAGUAGCAGAUACUGGGGCGCUCCACAGCUCAGCGGACCCGCCUUCGCUGGAAGCUCAACCAUGGCGGCCAGGCGCAGGCUCCCUGGCAGACAAAGGCAAGUGCUUUUCUUCCUUGUCUUCUCGGGCUUCUCUCUGGCGGGCGCGGCGAAACCUAGGCUCUAUUCCGUGGUGGAGGAGACUGAGGGCAGCUCCUCUGUGACCAAUCUAGCAAAGGACCUGAGUCUGGGCCAGGGGGAGCUCUCCAGGCGGGCGGUUAGGGUCGUCUCCAAAGGGAACAGGCUCCGUUUGCAACUCGAUCCGGAGACCGGGGAUUUGCUGCUAACUGAGAAGCUGGACCGCGAGGAAAUCUGCGGGCCCGCGGAGCCCUGCGUGCUGCGUUUCCAGGUGUUGCUGGAGAACCCCUUGGAGUUUUUCCAAGCUGAGAUACAAGUAAUAGACAUCAAUGACCAUUCUCCCGUGUUCCCGGACAAAGAAAUGUUGCUGAAAAUAUCAGAGAGCAGUCCUCCCGGGACCACGUUUCCUCUGCAAAACGCGCAGGACGUGGAUGUAGGCCCCAACGACGUCGACAGCUAUAUCAUCAGUCCCAACUCCUACUUUCGGGUCCUCACACGCAAACGCAGCGAUGGCAAGAAGUACCCCGAGCUGGUGCUGGACCAAGCGCUGGACCGCGAGGAGGAGCCCGAGCUCAGGCUGACGCUCACAGCCCAGGACGGCGGCUCUCCGCCCCGCUCUGGCUCCGCGCAGGUCCGCAUAGAGGUGGUGGACGUCAACGAUAACGCCCCUGAAUUUGAGCAGCCUCUCUACCGGGUGCAGGUCCCCGAGGACAGUCCCACAGGCUUCCUGUUCCUCACGGUCUCCGCCACGGAUGCAGACGCCGGGCUCCACGCCCAGAUUUCCUACUCACUCUUCCAGGCUUCAGACGAGAUCAGCAAAACCUUUGAGCUCAAUGCCCGGACAGGAGAAAUUCGACUGAAAAAGCAACUUGAUUUCGAGAAUAUCCAGUCGUAUGAAGUCACCAUCGAGGCGAGAGACGCCGGCAGCCUUUCUGGGAAAUGCACCGUAUUGAUCCAAGUCUUGGAUGUGAACGACCAUGCUCCAGAAGUUACCAUCUCUGCACUCACCAACCCCAUUCCCGAGAACGCGCCUGAGACGGUGGUGGCAGUUUUCAGUGUAUCAGAUCUUGACUCAGAAGAAAACGGGAAGAUUAGCUGCUCCAUUCCGGACGAUCUACCCUUCGCGCUAAAAUCUUCUGUGGAAAACUUCUACACCCUGGUAACGGAUGGAGCGCUGGACAGGGAGGCCAGGGCCGAGUACAACAUCACCAUCACCGUGUCCGACCUGGGCACGCCCAGGAUGACGACCCGGCACCACGUCGCGGUGCAGGUGUCCGACGUGAACGACAACGCCCCGGUCUUCAGCCAGGCCGCCUACACCCUGCUGGUGCGCGAGAACAACAGCCCCGGGCUGCUCAUCGGCUCCGUGAGCGCCAGCGACAGGGACGCGGGCGCCAACGCGCAGCUCACCUACUCGCUGCUGCCGCCGCCGCCCCAGCCGCAGCCGCAGCCUCAGCCGCCCCAGCCGCCGCAGCCCGACGUGGCGGCGCUCGUGUCGGUGCACGCGGACAGCGGGCAGCUGUACGCGCUGCGCGCGCUCGACUACGAGGCCCUGCGCGCCUUCGAGUUCGGCGUGCGCGCCGCCGACCGCGGCUCCCCGGCGCUGAGCAGCGAGGCGCGCGUGCGCGUGCAGCUGCUGGACGCCAACGACCACGCGCCGGCCGUGCUGUACCCGCCGGCCAACGGCUCGGCCGCCUGCCCCGAGCUGGUGCCGCGCGCGGCCGACGCGGGCUACCUGGUGAGCAAGGUGGUGGCGGUGGACGGCGACGCGGGCCAGAACGCCUGGCUGUCGUUCGAGCUGCUCAAGGCCACGGAGCCCGGGCUGUUCGGCGUGUGGGCGCACAGCGGCGAGGUGCGCACGGCGCGGCCGCUGAGCGAGCGCGACGCGGCCCGGCAGCGGCUGCUGGUGCUGGUGCGGGACCACGGCGAGCCGCCGCUGUCGGCCAGCGUCACGCUGCACGUGCUGCUGGUGGACGGCUUCUCGCAGCCCUACGUGGCGCUGCCCGACGCGGCGGCGGCGGCCGAGCCGGCGCGGCCCGACUGGCUCACGGUGCAGCUGGUGGUGGCGCUGGCGGCGGUGUCGUCGCUCCUGGUGCUGAGUGUGCUGGCGCUGGUGGCGGCGCGGCUGUGCGGCGGGGGCGGGGGCGGGGUGGGUGUCGGGGCGGGGUGUGCGCUUGGCGUUGGCGGCGUUGGCGGCGGCGCGGGUGCGGAGGGCCGCUUCCCGGGGCCGCUGCUGGACGUGAGCGGCGGCGGGACGCUGUCGCACAGCUACCAGUAUGAGGUGCGCCUGACGGGCGACGCUGGGACCGGGGAGUUCAAGUUCAUGAAACCCAUUUUACCUAAUUUCCAAGGCCACUCCCCCGAAUGAGCAAUGGAACCAAACUCAAACUUUAAGAAUGAAUUUGAUUUCAGCAUGCGGUUGAAUUAAUGGUUUUCAUAUUCCAUAUUAUAAAUUUUUGUGAUAUUUCACAAAGAAUUGCCUACAGGAGUUCUUUCGUUGUGAAGUCGCUUUAACCUGUAUCUCAUCUUUUUUUUAUGACAAUGUCAGGAUGAAUGCUUCUAAAGAUUCCCUUUCAAACACUGAUGAGGUCAAUAGUUGUGCAAAUUCUUUUUGUAGGUUACCUUAGAGAAUGGUUAAGAAGGAAAACUGAAUCAAGGUCAAUUGUAGGUCCUUGUAAGUUUUCUUAGUGGUUGUUAAGCCGAGGUAGUUAAUGCACUAUCCCCUGAGUUCUAUCCAGGAAGGCGAGGAAAUUUGUGCAAUUGGAAUGUCUGGCUCUUGCUUUAUUUUGCCCUUUAUGCAGAUGAUGUUUUCUGUUAAAAUGCUACAAAGCUGUGAUUCCUUUCAUUAACUAUCACUGGUUGCUCAAUGUAAUUUCAAAUAGUUUUCCAGAUAGUUUCUUUGGUGUUCCAAGUGGGAAAAUCCUGCUCCAUAUUUAUCUAGUGAGACGAAGUAGAAUGGUAGUGAAACUGGCUUUUCCCCUUUGGGAGAUACUGACUCUUGGUGAUAGAAACUGCAAGGGUGAUAUCCAUUUAUUUUUUUCCAUCUUGAGUCUAAAUUUCACUUAGGGCAUUAAUGUACCUAUUCAAAAGAUUACAUUUCUCCUCACCUCCUUAGUGGUUAAAAUUGGACUUAAGACAGGUUGUAGUCAAUGAGAUUUAUGUUGAAAUGCUGUAAAGGACUCCCAAGAAGACUUCUUAAGUGGUUAUGAUUCAUCCAGGAAGAGGUCUCCCUUUUUCCUUCUUUAACUGCUCCUUGCUGCCUGGUAUGCUAAUGUACAGACAGCUAUGUUGCACGUUAAUUAUGGAAACCAUGAACUAAGACAUUCUGUACAUAAGAAACUUAAGGAUAAGGGUUCCUGGUAGCCUUGGGGUCAGUGUCAUCCCUAGAUGACCCACUUUUGGAUUUGUUUUUUUAACUCAGAAAGAAAUUGUUUUAUUAAAGCCAUCAUAUUUAGUUUAGCUACUUCCAGUGGAAUCUAAUCAUUUCUUCAACAGUAAAAAUUUUAUUAACGUGAUAAAUAUAGUGAAAUGCCUAGAUCUUAAGUGUACAGUUUGAUCUGAUCUUUUCAAAGUUUUUAUUUCUUGUUUAAAAGCUUUACUUAUUUAUUGAAAUGGCAGAGUUACAGAGAGAGGGAGAGAGAGAUUGAUUUUCCAUCUACUAGUUCACACUCCAAAAAGCUACAACAAUCAGGUCCGGGCCAGGCCAUAGCCGGGAGCCAGGAGUUUCAUCGGGGUCUCCCAGAUGCGUGCAUGAGCCUAAGUAUUUGGGCCAUUUGCUGCUGCCUUCCAAGGUGCAUUAACAGGGAGCUGGAUCAGAACUAGAGCAGCCAAGAGUUGAAUUGGUGCCCUGUGGGAUGUUGGCAUCACAGGCAACAGCUUGACCCACAAUGCCUCUCCCAAAGCUUUUAUGUCUUUAUUGAUAAUUGAAAAUUUAGUGAAAAGUAGUGUAUAGAGUGCAUUAUAUUCAUCUUCUUUUUAAUCCUCCAAACUCUGAGAAAACUGGUUUAUUAUCCCCUUUUUGUAUAUGAGAAAACUGAAGCUUAGAAAUAUUAAGUAAAUUGGUCAAAUUCUGCAUAAUAAAAGGAAACAUUUUAAAUAUAAGUGUAGCUGAAUCAAAUGCCCCAGAUAUUGAUCAGUAUGCUGUAUCAUUAACUGGUAGCAUUGUUCCCAUAACUAAGGAAGUGAAAUCCAUCUACUAUUCCUACUCCUGUUCUAUAACUUUUAGCCUCUAGUUCACAUUUGUUUCUAUACCAAGGGCCACACUGCUGUAGACCAGUAAGCCCAAAAUUCUUAUAAAAGCACUGGGUCAAACACUGCAACUAGUCUUCAUGAUGAGCAAAUCAGUCUGAUUAUAUUUUUGUCAUAAUACAUUCAUUAUUGCCAAAAUGGGUGCCCUGAGUCCCAGAGCCACCCUGUGGCUGCAUUUGUUGAAUUUGCUAUGUUCUUUCUACACACAUACACACACACUGGCACAUGCACACACAUUUUCUUUGGGAAAUUUUAUAAAUUAAUUGAUUUACUUGAAAGGGAGAGUUACAGAGCCAGAGAGAGAGAGAAAGAGAGAACGAGAGGUCUUCCAUCCACUGGUUUACUCCCCAAAAGGCUGCAACAGCAAUGCAGGUGGUGGCCUUACCCAUUAUGCCACAGCACCAGCCUCUCUUCUGAAUUACAUUUUCAGAAGUUCUUUAUUCAAUUCAAUAUACCAGAUUACUUUUCAUGUUUCUUAUGGUUGAAAGCAGUUGCUGUUGUAGUAUGAGUUUUAAAUGAAGUAUCUAAUUUCAGAAAAGUAUAGACAAUGUUGUGGGGGAAUUUUUAUGACAACUUAGAGAUUCUGGAAAUUUGUUAUGAAAUUUGAUAGGUUUCAGUU